UCUCAGUCGCCGACCAGCCCCGAGCACUCCUCCGCAGACAUGAAGGUCCUGGCUUUUAUCGUGUUGUCCGUGGCGGCCUGCGCGCUGGCUGAAGACAAGGAGAAGUCUGUGGAGAAGAGAGGCGCUCUGGGCCUGGGCUACGGCGGCUACGGCGCCGGCCUGGGCUACUCCAGCCUGGGCUACUCCGGUCUGGGCUACGGACACGGCCUGGGCUACGGCGCCGGCCUGGGCUACGGCGCCGGUCUGGGCUACUCCGGCCUGGGCUACGCCGCCCCCGCCGUAGCCAAGGUCGCGUACUCCGCGCCCGCCGUCAGCUACGCCGCCCCCGUGGGCUACUCCGGUCUCGGCUACGGACACGGUCUCGGCUACUCCAGCCUGGGCUACUCCGGUCUGGGCUACGGACACGGCCUGGGCUACGGCGCCGGCCUGGGCUACUCCGGUCUGGGCUACUCCGGCCUGGGCUACGGUGGCUACGGACUCCACCACUGAUUCCCCACCGUCUGCCAAGACACCUUUCGCCUGUCACCACUCAUGACCCCGUCGUGACACCACUCAUCCAUCUGUCAGCUGACAUCCGGCCGCCGGCACCAGCCACUCGCCGCUGAGCGAAUUUCAUCUCAAAACCCGCCACUCACAGUCACUUACUUCAUUGCUCCACUGCGACACGUCUACAUGUAUUUAUUUCGAUUACGAAAACACAUGUAAAAAAAAUUGUACAAAAUAAAUUUUUUCGUAAUGAUCAACCUUUA